AUGAACGAUUCGUACAAUCGUUCUUCCGAACACCGUACCCUCGUGGGUGUCGACUCCUCGUCUGCCGUGCCACACGGCGACGGGAUUACCUUAUCGGCCAAACCUCAUGCAUUCGCGGGUGCCAUCCUGUCGCCGAAGCACGCCCGCGAGCUCACGCCCUCCCUUUGUCUCGCGAUCGCCUCCGCCCUCGCCGAACAAUCCCACCGCAAGGCCCUGUUGCCCUACACGCUCUGGAUCUCCGAAGCCUGGCGAGUGCUGGGUUGGGCCGAGCCGUCGGCGGCUCUCUUUUGGGAAAUGGCAACCAUGUACCACGCCUUGUAUUUGGCCACCCGCGCGCACGCGGCGGAUUAUCCCGGCACGGCCACCCAUAUUCCGCCCAUUCUGUCCUGCGGCAGCAACAGUAGUUUGGGCAGCGGGACCACGAAUCCUACGGAACGACAGCUCGUGACGGCUCUGGAAAAGAAAAAAAUAUCCACCACUGCGUCCGCCAAGGAACUACCCGCGUGGCUCGUGGGCACCUUUUUGCUGCUGCAUUGUGAGGAAUUCGCCUACCAACGGAAUCUUUCUGGACUGGACGAUCGACGGUUCUACGGAGCGACCACCGGCCAAUCCGACGCCAGAACGGAACCAUUGCGGAACACUGCCAACGUGGACUUUGCCACUUUGUUCAAGCACCCGUCGCUUUCGCCGAGAACUCGAUUACACGCCGGAUGGAACAACGAUAAUUCACACUGCACGGCUUAUUUGCUGCGACACUUGCGCAAGAUUUUGUUACUAGCCGCCAUUCCACAUAACCAAGACGCGGUCAACGCGUGCAUGCACUUGGCGGCCUUGCCGUCACCUCCACCAACUCUGUCCGCGGAACGACUCCGCCACAGCUCCACGAACGCUCGCCCCAAAUACUCACCGGAUGAACUUCGCCGACAGCACGACGAAGAACACGGUCAAGUCGGCUCGAACGUCAAACUGACCCUGGAUGAUUUGGAGCGCUUGCAUUUAUUGCUACAGCUACCACACGGCGGAGCUUUCGAAGAUUCUCCUAUUCAGAUCGGAGAAUUCCUCUGGACGAGUCUCAAGAUGGCGUCUCCACCGCCAAUGGCUACCAUUCCUUUGGGGGAUGUAGAGGAAGAAAUUCGACAGCAUUUAGAAAUGGAACUUUUCAUGGCCGGACGAGGUGACGGCAACAAACAUGGCGUCUCGGCGGACGAAGAGGAAACCGCCCACAGUGCACUCGCGAAGCUUAGCUUGUCCGGAACAAAAGGUGGCGGUUCAGGCGAUACGAGCGAUCGCGCGACACAACCCGAUAACGUUUACCAAAAAGAACUGAGCUACGUCCAUCUACGCGGAAAGACGAUUGUGCUAAAACCCAAUCCACCGGAACCGGUAUCGGGCGCAUCGGUGACUUCGCACGAACCCCACGCCACAAGUAAUUUUGCGUCACCGUCUCGUCUUCACGAUUUGGUAAUCUCCGAAUGCUCGGAUGCGCAUUUUUAUCUGCUGCAACCGUUUGAACACGCGACCAUUGCCGCGUGUACCGGAUGUACGAUCGUCGUCGGUGCCGUUGCAGGAUUGUUACACAUAGUCGACUGCGAAAAGACCAGCAUCACUUCCGCUGCUCGACGCCUUUUGGUCAGCAAUUCAAGCGACGUUCAAAUGUGCGUGUUCACUCCGAGUCCACCUUUGUUGGUGGGAGACAACCGCAGCUGUCAGUUUGCCCCUUACAACACCUACUACGAUGGAUUUCGCGAGGACCUGCUGGCUACAGGACUGGCGGCGGCAGUGGUCCCCGAACACCAAUCUCCCUACCACGGUAGUGGUGGACGGAAUUAUACGGAUACAGACGGUUCCUGGCCACCAUUGCAAUGCGCUAGCAAUAAAUGGAAGCAUCCGGUUGAAUUGGCUCGAUUGGAAAUGCCGCAAAUACCGCCCACCCCGCCUGGGCCCAGCAAUACUAGCAUCGGUGGUGUCGCGUCCGCUGGGGCCGACGACAAAGCCAUGGGCAAGUCCGGAACCGGUAACGACACGUCUGUCCAUGCCCCUGUCCUCGUCCCGGCGUCUGAGUUCCACAUUCUUUUUGUGCCCAUCGAAAGUGAUGCUUCCAAACAACGACGCUUGGAAGCGGAUGAAAACGAUCAUUCAUCCGAGCCCGGCCGACUAGAGAGCCAGUAUUGCCGUCUACUGAGCGAGCUCUUGCAGACAUCUCCCUUUCGGUUGCCUAUGGAAUACGAACGUCGAGUGCUAAUGAAGGUUGACCGUAUGAAGACUAUACAGCAAUCCGUCCAAAAGAAUCUGACGACGGAGCAGCAAGCAAAAUUUGAGGAGGAGUUGAAUCGAGGGUUUCGCGAUUGGCUUGUAACCAGCGGAAAUCUCCGCCAAGUGCUCGACCUUGUACAUCUCGAACGGAGAGGCGGGGUGUAGUUAAUAUAAAAUCUUAGUUCUUUUUAAUGAACAGUUUGUUAAAG